CAUUUUUACUCUUAAAUAAAAGAGCAUAAGAAGAACUAUGAUUUUGUCCUUAUUUAGAGGCAGUUAAACAUCAGUAUUAUAUUUUAUGAUAUGAAAUCAAUGAUAUUGUUUGCAAAGAGAGAAUGACACGUAAUAUAUUUGUAUGUGAUUUAUCAAAUCGACCAAAUAUUCAUAAUUAUGUCCAUAAUUAAGAUCACACGAUUUACUGCAUUUAUUUCCUUUUCUAUUGUUUUUUCUAUAUCUUUCUAUAUAAUAUGGUGAGUCAAUAUGAUUAACAAAUUCAAAGGUGUUGUUAUGCAAAACUAUUGUUGUCGUUUUCUCGUCAAAUGCUCAUAGCCCUUUCUGACAAAUUAGAGAGAUAAUCGGUGUAAUGGCUGACCUGUUGAUGCAUAACGCAGCAAGGACAAGCCACAAGUAUCAUCAAUUUCUUUGUAAAUGACGAGGGUUUUCUGAUGUACGUGGUAUAUGAUUAGAGUCAAUCGGUCUACUGGAGACGGGUUUUAUGUUUCUGACAUUUCCAGAAAACUUGUACGCACUCUUAUGGCGGAUAAUCAAUUAAUAUUUGUUUAUGUCAAUUUUAUUUCCGUUAUAUUAAUUAGCCAUGAUCUCCAUGGAAAAUAAUCAGAGCUAUGUGUUUUUCCUGAUCGGGCUUUAUGCAAAAUUAUUUGAGUAAGCAAUUACACUCUUUAGAAAUUUAGAUUAAAAAGGGUGUUGUGCUUUUCCUCUCUAUCUAUAGCUAUGAAUCUUUGCUGUCUAUGCACUUUCAAGGCUGAUGACCUGCUUUUCUCUCACCUCCUCAGAGAAAGCUAUUAAUUGCUAGCAAAGAUGCUUCUAAAUAGUGUUUUGACAAAUUUUAUUUUGUCACUCUAUGUAGGGGAGAGGAGGGGAAGCAGAAGGUGUUUCAUAUGGUUACACUAUGAAGUGACCCAUAUUUUUAAGUUUUACACGCAGAAUAGCUUUAUGGGAGAUUAAAGAGAGGAUAAGCUAUAUUGUACUUGUUCUGUCAAUGUCAUUUCUUUAUGUACCAUGACAUUGCACCUUCACAAUGCCAGCUCUCAGCAGAUGGGUAUGUGUAAUGUAUGAUAUUUUAAUCUCAAGAUUUCUCGGAACGUACACAAGACAAAAAAGAUUUGAAUUUGCAACAGCCCAUAAACAUGCAUCAUUUUUAUUACCCUUCCCUUUGAUGUAUAUUUUUUUUUCAAAGUACUAGUGUUAAUACACAGAUAUUUAUAUUGUACUGUAAAAAUUUCUUCACAUUAUUUGAUACAUGUAAUAAUGUCUGUUGUAUACAUGUAAAAAAGGCAUAACAUAGACUGUCCAGUAAGCAGUGUUGAAAACAUUGGCUCAGAGAAGCUGAUUUUUUAUUCAGUGAAAACUUGUUGAGUUGCAGUUUUUUUUUUUUAAUCAUUGUGCGAGAGGAGGCGGAAAUAGAAUGAAACCUUAUUUUUAAUCUAUAGAAAAUAAUCUGUUAUUUGUAUUGUUAAGUACUUGUAGCUGCUUUGACAAAACACUCUCACUAGGUAACCUUAUUUCAAGAAAAAGAAAAAAGUAUUUUAUAAGUAGAAGUCCACAUUGGAUACAAAAGAAAAAUAUUUUAAUUUCUCUAUUUCUGUUUUAAUUUUGAUAAGAACAUACUGAAAACAAUGAAUAGCUAAACCGUCUCCGGCAGUGUCAUCCUAAUGUUCCAGCUGUUACGUACCAUAUAACAUGCUGGGAUUGUACAAAUAUAUCUUCUUUUUUCUAUUUUUACUUAGAAAUAAGCCUAUUCUUAAAAAUAGUGAUACAUUUUGAAAAUAAGCCCCUUUUUCGUAAUCAGAUAUCAGAUUAAGCUGUCUAACUUGAAGAUGUUGACAUUUUUUAGCUUGAAGGCACAAGUUUUUUGACAUACGUCUGAGAUGUAAAUAUCACUGUUGUUAAAAUGUAUGUCCUAUAGAAAUUUGAACUUGAUUGACUUCAACUUAAGGCAGAAGGGGAAAUGACCAUGGUCUUUAAUAUCUGUAUGCAUGUAAGACUUAUUAUCUUUGUUUUGUCAUGAGGAGAUUAAAUCUUUCCUGUAGCAGUGUGUAUGCAUGUUCUAAUGUGUCAAUAUUGCUUGUCUGACCAGUCAUGACAACUGAGCUAGGUUUCCAAUUCCUUUCAAUGUGACAUCAAAGCUUGCUGACAGGAUACAUUUCUUCUGCCAAAAUCUCUUUAGCUGUCUCUAAUUGUCUUCUUAAUCCUAAAUUAAUUGUAAAGCAUUGGCCAAUAAUGAAUGAGCACUAGUAUACAUGUAACUAGCAUUCUAACCUACAAAAAUUAAUUUGAGCUUUGUCAAAUGAAAGAAUUUGGAAUGAAUAAGUUCAUUGGUAAAUUGCUGCAGAAGUACACAUGCAUCAGAUAUCCAUGUAUACAUGUUCUAGUUUUGUACAUGCAUAAGGGUUUUCAUAACUGCUACAACUGCAGAGUGAAGAUUGUGUCUUCAAGUACUAGGCUCCAAGCAUCAGCUGUUUUUGCUCUGACUGCCUUGAACAGUUCCAUGACGUAGAUGAAUAAUUAAACAAUGACCACUUCAGCCACAAACAGCAAUUACAGACUACAUAUUGACUUGUGUAUCUCCAUUAAGGCAGCCACUUCUUGCCUCAUUCUCGGCUUAAAGUCCACUUACGGUAAUCCCAUUUCCAGUUGAUAAAGUGUCAAGACAGUUACUGGUCCCCUUAGGGUAGGCCCAGUCUGCUUGCAACAGAAGUACUUCAAACAGUGUCAAGGGUACUCAGUGGCUCAAACUGAAACCAAAUCUUUCCUUGUCCUGUAAGUCAUUAACAACAAGUUCCUGGCCCGAGAUACUUUGUCAAUAUACCAAACUGUACUGUAAAUUUAUCAGUUGCUCCGAUUGUUUGCAGUGUUUAAGUUUUGAUAAAAUUUAAACACAUACCGGUAUAUAUAUAUAUAUAUAUAUAUAUACCUACCUGCAAGUGUUGUAACAUGGGUGAAUUAUGUUUGGAUAGCAAGAAGGCGCUGCAAAUGCUUAAACCUGUGUCCUCUAUUGGGCCGGAGUUGGACCAUUUGGAGGCAGAUCGAAACAUUCCUUCGGACCCUCUGGAUUAUCGAAAAAGACGAACCAUCCGCCUGAUGAAGAAAAAUGAAUCCUGGGGAUUCACCAUUCAGACAUAUGGAUUUAAAAACAAGAAAACCGGAGAAAUAGAGGUUUAUACAUACGUAGAUUAUGUUGAUUUAAAUGGACCAGCAAGCAUUGCAGGCAUGAGAAGAGGGGACAUAAUUCUGUCAGUGAAUGGGAAGAGUGUUGAGUUUGCCACCCAUCAGGAGUUGGUGUCCGUUAUCCAGUCCUGUAAAGAAGAGGCGAGAAUGGUUGUGCUAUUUGUGGACUGUUGUAAAAAGGUUGAACUUCAUGACAGACUGAUCAAAUUAAAGAAACUGCUCAGUGACAAGAUUAAAGAGCUCAGGAAUGUAGAGAUGAAGGAGAGAGAACUCUUAGAUGGGCUUUGCACUAUGCGGGGCCUAGAGAGAUUUGAUCACUCCAGACAGAGUAUUUACAGCAAUAGGUCUAGCGAUUCAAGUCUGGACAGAAUCAGCAUCCUAACGCUCAACAGCAGCACCAUUUAUAACCUUCCAAACACCGUCACUCUUCACCUCAACACCUCCAAUUCAUCCUCCCCGACAUCGAAGAGCUUCAGUGAUGAUCAGAGUGACUGUACCGAUGAUGGCGAAAUGUUCGCUGAUGUGAGUUUCGCAGAUGAUUCCGAUGGAGACUCGGGAUAUUCGUACGAUGAGGUUCCCCACUUAGAGAGGAAAAAUACUGUGAUUGAGCGAGAGAAACCGUUCGUUGAAGUGAGAGAGAGGCGGGGAACAUUAGUGGCACCUGUCUGUGAGUGUAUAGAGGACAGCAUUUGUCAGUUUUGUAAAGUAAGGGAGAUUUCUGAAUCCAGUAUGACUUUAGCUGAUGAGUCAGACAUUUCUACUCCAGUUCAGGAUACAACAAGUUGUUUAGAUUCCAUAUGUAUCCAGAAUAUUAACUCUUCAUCGAAGUCCGAUCCUGAGGAAAUAAGUGGAGCUAAUGAAGUAGAGGGAUGUUCACAUGAAUCGGAUGAAAGAGAUGAAAUGACUCCAACUAAUUCAGAUCAGAUCUGCGCAUCUAACAGUCUAGAACAGUACUCAGCAAAACCUGACCUCGAUAAUGAAAAUCUUUCUCUUUCAAAUCCAGAUGAAUUGGAGCAGAGCUCAUGUAAUACUAGUACUAAUGAAAAUCUGACUUCACUCAAUCCAGAUCAGAUCCAUGGAUCUGAUGUUCCUGAACAGUCAAAUGACAGUGAACAUGUGGAUGAGACUGAUGGUGCUUGUUGUCUACCUGCCGGUCAGGUAGAACAACAGGAAUCACCCAACGCCAAGUCAGAAGAAACCCCUGAUGAUGCAAAUUGGGAUUUCCCUUUCUGGACAGAGGGAGCUGUUGUUAUCAAUCUGGAUGAUGAGAAAACUAAACUUUGAUUUUAUAACUUGAAAAUAUAUGUAUACUAAUGCAUAUAGUUUUUUAAACAAAUUUAUGAAAUUUAGCUUAUUAAGAUAUGAACUUUGUAAAAUGAUUUCAUUGCUAUUCGAAUUUAAGACAUAUUACGGUAUCUCUUUAUGGUAUAUAUAGCUUAAAGCUUUGAUUCCCCCACCAUUAAAACUACCACCCCACCCCUGCCAGAUACCUUGAAGUCAGCGUUCAGAUAAACUGGUGCUCAGCAUUCAUCAAUAUUGUUUUCUAUUUUGUAAAUUGGUUGUUAUUGUGUUAAAGGUUGUUCACAUGAGUCAUUUUUCAACAACAACAAUUUUUUUUCUAACUACCUGGUAAAGAAUGGUAGAGUGUUUGAUAAGGAUGUGAUUGUUGGCGUAUUGUAAAGAAUGAUAUAGAAUUAGUAUGUUAUAUUUCCCUAUAGUGCUGGUCACUGUCAAAGGAGCGUUCAUUGCAUUUCAAAUUAUUGUUUUUGUAACGUGUAGAUAUAAAUGUGUCAGUUUUAUUAAAUGCUAUUUAUUUAUUUGGUGUUUAUCAGCGAAGGUAAUAAGGAAGCCUAGAAUUGAACUCAUUUUAAAACAGUCAAUUCACAGGAAGUAAUACAUGUUCAGUCCCUCAAUUGUCAAGUAUUCACAGAGGAAGUGUUAUAAAGUGACACUUAGUAUAGAAAACAACAAACAUUUCAAACUAUCCCACAUUUCUUACAAGUACAUCAUUUAUCUUCUUGGUGUAAAGGGACCAAAAUUCACUCGUUUUUGCAUGUGUCGCACUUUGAAAUACACAAUUUAAAUGUAAUUCUUUAAAUUUUUUCAAAAUGUUGUGAUAAUACAGUGAAUUGGAGACAUAUUAAGAGAGAUUAUCUUUAUUUAUCCAUAAAUCAUAAAUCAGACAAUGCCAAGAUCAUAUGGAUGUCAGUUAAUUUCCAAAAGUUGAACAGGCCUGGUUCAUGUUUUGUGACAGGAUGUUUUAGAUGUUAAUACAUUUAUUUAUUAUCCCACAUUUUGUCCCAACAAUUAGUGCUAUUUAUUUAUAUUGCUUCCUGUAAUUAAUUUUUCCAAAUAUUUACAGUGCUUUAAGGAUGUUUACUGCCGUCGUUUUUUUUGUUUAUUAAUGUGAAUGAAUGAAUGAAUUCAAAUAAAAGUGUAAAGCAAAAGUUUAAAACGAUCAUUGGUUUUACGGUGCUGUUAGCGGGAGCUCUCUAUUGCAAAAUUGUUGUUCAUCUUUUGUUACAAAACUCUUUGAUGUAUCAAUUAGAUUGAUCGUUUAUCCAUUUCUAUUAGUGCUAAUAUACAAUGUGAUUCACUUUAUUUUGUACUCUUUUAAGAGUGAAUUUGUUUGGUAUGUCAUUUACUGUAGAUUUGUUCAGAAAUGCUCACCGCAUUGUGGGUGUAAGGAUGCGUUUUGUGUUGGGAAUGAAAGCUGUUACCUUAUUUGAAACUGUUGUUAAUGCAGAGUUUCGGUUCUUUGAUUCCCGUUUUCUGUGUGAAAAUAACACAAUUUGGGGAGGGGGGGUCCCACAAAACAGGAUUGAAUAUCCUGUUAGGUCUAUAUCUUUACCACAAGUUUUAAGUUAACUAUAUUUAUCCGCGGAUCUUGAGGGGAAUGCGAGAGUAGCGACCAGUUUUGUACCUGGGCAGAGUUUCCUCCACCCCCAAAAGACCGCUGUUGUAUAGCGCUAUUUCUCCGUAACCAUCUUUCCCAUGAAAAAAAUGAUUAUAUAGCUCUAUUUUGCACAAGAAAAAUGAUAUGGCUCAUUCACAUUUUUUAAUUAAGUUUAAUAUUCUUUGCUUAUCAAACAUUUUGGGUUUGACCUUAACCUUAACCUAUAGAAAUAUUUAUUGUAAAACAUUAAUGAAACCCUUUUUUGGCACAAUGAUAUCUUUUUCAAUAUAAAAUGUGUCAUGGUCACUCAUUGGAAAUCCAAAUAAUAUACAUGUAGUUAGAAGGCAAGGAAUCAAAGGAAAAAAUAUUUAUUUCCUGUGGAAAAUUUCACUUGGACCAGCUGAAACCAUACAUGCUUUGAUUUUUCAUCCUGUUUCAAAUUUUGAUAAAAAGGAAUUAUGAAAAGGAACAAUUUUAACAAAUGAAUUAGAGUCAUUACCAACCAUCGUGAGUUAAUAUAUUAGGUUUUGUAAGGGAAUGUUGAAUUUUAUUUGAUUAAUUUUAAGGACCAAACUAUACUGUUAUAUAUUGUUAUCAUUAUUCAGUUUCCAGAACUUUUGUUACUGCUUUACUAUUUAAUCUGUUGUACAAGUUGUUAAUAAAUGUUAUACCAGUAUAAUAAAUAUUUGUUACA